CAAUCACUGACAUGAGAAUUCGAUUUUACCUUUGAUCGCGAUGGCCAUCUGUAUAAAUUUGCAUCUUGUAAUCCUUACUUUUGACCAGGACCAUACUUUUUAAAGAAAAAUAGUAAAGAAUCUGGAAGAACGUGCUUCUCUUUCCAUAAUAAUUGCUUGUUUUUGGAUUUCCUUUGUUUGGUUCCUGUUCUUUUUUGUUGCUUACUCAUCUGAAUCCUCGGGAUAAUUAAUCAUUGUUAAAAUUUUUGGUCGUAUUUAUUGAUAAUUCAGCUUCUGAGUAUGAUUUUGAACAAACUCGUUCGCGCGGGUGCCUCUGCUGCGGCUACAAAGCGUGCCGUUUUGAAUACUCGUACUUUCAAAACCUCUGCUACAGUUCUCGAAGAGAAGAAGCUUAACAAGUUUAGUGAUACUAUCACUGGACCCAAGUCUCAAGGUGCCUCUCAAGCCAUGUUAUAUGCCACUGGCUUGACUGAUACCGACAUACACAAUCCUCAAGUUGGUAUUGCCAGCUGCUGGUUCGAGGGUAACCCUUGCAAUAUGCACUUGUUGGAUCUCGGUCGCAGAGUCAAAGCAAGUGUCAAAAAGGCUGGCCUUACUGGCUUACAGUUCAAUACCAUUGGCGUAAGCGAUGGUAUCUCUAUGGGUACUAGUGGUAUGAGAUUUAGUCUGCAGUCUCGUGAAAUUAUCGCCGACUCCAUUGAAACCGUCAUGCAAGGUCAAUGGUACGAUGCCAACAUUUCCAUUCCAGGCUGUGACAAAAAUAUGCCUGGUUGCUUAAUUGCCAUGGGCCGUAUCAAUCGUCCUAGUAUUAUGUUAUAUGGUGGUUCCAUUCGCCCAGGUCAUUCUUCCUGUCAGAACAAUGCCCCCAUUGAUUUAGUUUCUGCUUUCCAGGCUUACGGUGAAUUUAUUACCGGUAAGAUUAACGAAACAACUCGCCAUGAUAUUAUCCGCCACGCUUGUCCCGGAGGUGGAGCUUGCGGUGGUAUGUACACCGCUAAUACCAUGGCCAGCUGUGCUGAAGUCAUGGGUAUGACAUUGCCCGGCUCUUCUUCUUUCCCUGCUGGCUCUGCUGAAAAGUUUGCUGAAUGUGAAGCUGCCGGCGAGGCCAUCAAGCGCAUUAUGGUUGAAGAUAUCAAGCCGAGUGACAUUAUGACCCGAAAGGCUUUUGAAAAUGCCAUUGUAUUGACCAUGGCACUCGGAGGUUCUACUAACGUUGUUUUACACUUGAUUGCCAUCGCAAAGUCUGUAGGUAUUACCUUGACUUUGGACCACUUCCAGGCUAUCAGUAACCGUACUCCUGUCAUCGCUGACAUGAAGCCUAGUGGUAAAUAUGUCAUGGAAGACUUGUUCAACAUUGGCGGUGUCCCUGCUGUUCUUAAGUACCUUCAUGCUGAAGGUCUUAUUGAUGGUUCCACCAUGACUGUUACCGGUAAGACACUCGCUCAAAACUUGCGCGAGGCUAAGCCUCUCAAGGAAGGUCAGCAAAUUAUCAAGCCUUUGAGCGCUCCUAUGAAGACUGAAGGCCACUUGCGUAUACUUCGUGGUACUCUGGCACCUGAGGGUUCCGUAGCCAAGAUUACUGGUAAGGAAGGACUGCAUUUCCGUGGUAAAGCUCGUGUAUUCGAUGCCGAAGCCGACUUCAUCAGUGCUUUGGAACGUGGCGAAUUUAAGAAGGGCGAAAAGACUGUUAUUGUUAUUCGUUUUGAAGGUCCCAAGGGUGGUCCAGGUAUGCCUGAAAUGUUGAAGCCUUCUAGCGCUAUCAUGGGUGCUGGUCUUGGUAAGGACGUUGCUCUUUUGACUGAUGGACGUUUCAGCGGUGGCUCUCACGGAUUUUUGAUUGGUCACGUUGAUCCUGAAGCUCAAGCUGGUGGUCCCAUUGCUCUCGUUAAAGACGGUGAUAUUAUUGAAAUCAAUGCCGUCGAGAAUACAUUGAAUUUGAUGGUUGACGAGCAAGAAAUGGCUUGCCGUCGUCAGGCUUGGAGAGCUCCUCCCUUGAAGUAUCAACAAGGUACUCUUUUGAAGUACGCUCGUAAUGUUAGCACUGCUUCUAAGGGUGUUGUUACCGAUUCUUUGGACUAAGUUAUUGAAGCUGUCAAAUGAACUGCCUACAUCAGCGGCUUAAUUGUUUUAAAAGAACAAAAGGACUUAAUAAUUUUUGUUUGGGACACGUAAUUUAAUAAAAUUUUUCAUUUAAUUAAAAGGUCUAUGGGUAAGCGUGAAUAAAAAUAAAGAUAGCAAAGGAACAGAUGGGAAAAAAAGUAAAAUGAGGAGGGGAGAACAACAUGCAGCGUACCAUUCAUUCGUUUUUGACCUAAUUUACAAAAAAAUACGAAGAAAUUUCAUCCAGCAGGAGUACUUUCAGACUUCACCCGAG